AUGACAACAAAAAAGCAGAAGAAAACAGAUGAACAAAAUUUACUGGAAGAUCUAUAUAAACACGAAAAAUCAAGAAAUGGAAUACACGAAGACACACCAAAAUAUGAAGAACUUAAAGAAAAAAAAAAACCUACUGAACUACCGAAAAAUUCACUAAAACAACAAAAAACUUGCCAAAGAACCAAUCAAAAAACAGCACCAAAAACGACAAACUUGCUAAAGAACCAACUGAAAAAUGACGAGCAAAAUUUACUAGAAGGUCUACAUAAAUGCGAAAAAUCUAAGAAACAGAAUACACGAAGACACCAAAAUACGAAGAACUUAAAGAAAAAAAAAACCUACUGA